UAGGAACGGCGCAUGCGCAUUCGUCACUUCUCAGCACUUAGAGAAUUUUGCGUUCGCUUGAUGACCGGCCUCAUGUAAUCGUACUUGCACUAACGUCGGUCGGUAAUACGUAGGCAAAAUGAGUGUCGAAAAUCCUGCUAGCGACAAUGAUUGUGAAUCAGGAAAGGUAAAUGGUAAUAGAAAUGAACACGUGAAUGGUGUUCACAACGGAUAUAGUAGCUCCGAGAAGCAUAAGUCAAGUCACAAGUCAUCCAGUAAGGACAAGCACCGAGACAAAGAUCGGAACCACAAGAGCUCGUCCAAACACAGCAGCGAUAAGGAUAAAGACAAGCAUUCAUCUAGUAGAAGUCACAGCAGUUCACACAAGUCCUCCAGCAAAGACAAAGACCGCAGCGAAAAAGAUAAAGAGCGCAGUGAUCGAGAGCACAGCAGCAAAGACAAGGAUCGCGACAAGGAUAAGCACCGCAGUGAUAGAGACAAGCAGAGAGACAGGGACAAGGAAAGAAGUGAUCGUGAUCGGGACAAACAUAAGAGCAGCAGCAGCAAUGACAAGAAAUCAUCUUCAUCGUCAUCUAAGGACAAGGACAGUGAGCACAGGAGUUCCUCUAAAGAUCACAAGUCAAAGGACAAGGAUAAAGAACGUGAAAAAGAUCGUAGCAGGAGUGACAAACAUCGCAGUGAUAAAGACAAACAUUCAAGUUCAAAAGAUAAGCACAGCUCCAGCAAAGGCAAAGAGAAGAGCAGUAGUGAAAAACAUGAUAAAAUCAAAUCUGAAUCAGAUUAUCAAGAUUCCCCAAUCAAGGAUGAGCCUAUGCAGAUUGAUCAUGUUGAUGUCAAGCGGGAAAUGAAUGAUGAAAGCAAUGAUUUUGGAGGUCUCAACACAACAGCUUCAUCUUGUGAUUAUUCUCUAUCACAGUUUAAAGAUGAGCCACUGUCAGAACUACCACCUGAAGAUGAAAGUGAUGAGGAUUCACCAUCGCCUGAGCGAGCUGGCAAUAAGCGGCGUGCGCCCAGUGUCAGUGAAGAAGACAUUCCAUUACUUCAGCGUAAGAAAUCUAAAAAGAAAAUUAAGAAAGAACCUACUUAUGAUGAUGAUAUGGAUGAAGAAGAUGAAAAACCAAAAAAGAAGAAAUCAAAACCAGGGAACACAAAACCAAGCAAAGUGAAAACUGAGCCAAAUGAUGGCCCCAGUCCAAACAAACGCAAGAAGAAGCAAGAAGAUGAACCAGAAGUCUGGAAAUGGUGGGAAGAAGAAAAGAAGGACGAUGGAACUAAAUGGAAGUUUUUGGAGCACAAAGGACCUGUAUUUGCCCCUGAUUAUGAACCUUUGCCUGAAAACGUUAGAUUCUUCUAUGAUGGUAAAGAGAUGAGACUUUCACAAGACGCUGAAGAAGUGGCAGGAUUCUAUGCACGGAUGUUGGACCAUGAUUAUACAACCAAAUCCACAUUUAACAAUAACUUCUUUGCUGAUUGGCGCAAAGUGAUGACUCAUGAAGAAACAAAAAUUAUAAAGGAUCUCUCAAAAUGUAAUUUUAAGGAAAUGCAUGCUUAUUUCCUAAGUGUUUCUGAAAAGAACAGGAAUCGAACUAAAGAAGAAAAAGCCCAAAUUAAAGCUAAGAAUGAGGAAAUUCAAAAAGAAUAUGGUUUCUGUACCAUUGAUGGGCAUAAAGAAAAAAUUGGUAACUUCAGGAUAGAACCUCCUGGAUUAUUUAGAGGACGUGGUGAACAUCCAAAAAUGGGCAUGUUGAAACGACGUGUGAUGCCUGAGGAUGUUCUAAUUAACUGUUCUAAAGAUAGCAAAAUACCUAAACCACCUCCUGGCCAUAAAUGGAAAGAAGUUCGACAUGACAAUACUGUUACUUGGUUAGCCUCAUGGACAGAAAAUGUUCAAGGACAAGCUAAAUAUGUCAUGUUAAAUCCUAGUUCUAAAUUAAAAGGUGAAAAAGAUUGGCAAAAGUAUGAAACUGCCAGAAAACUACACAAGUGUAUUGAUGUCAUCAGAGAAAACUAUAAAAAUGAUUGGAAGGCAAAAGAGAUGCGAGUUCGUCAACGUGCUGUGGCUCUUUACUUUAUUGAUAAGCUAGCAUUGAGAGCAGGUAAUGAAAAGGAUGAUGAUCAAGCGGACACAGUGGGUUGUUGCUCAUUGCGUGUUGAACACAUUGCUUUGCACAAGGAGAAAGAUGGAAAAGAAUAUGUGGUGGUAUUUGAUUUCCUUGGUAAGGAUUCUAUCAGAUAUUACAAUGAAGUGCCAGUUGAAAAGCGUGUAUUCAAGAAUCUCGAGUUGUUUAUGGAAAAUAAGAAAGAUAAUGAUGACCUUUUUGACAGACUAAACACACAAACCCUAAAUGAACACCUAAAAGAUUUAAUGCCUGGACUCACAGCAAAGGUUUUCCGUACAUACAAUGCAUCUAUCACAUUGCAAAAUCAAUUAGAUGAGCUUACAGAUCCUGAUGCAUCUAUACCUGAGAAGUUAUUAGCUUAUAAUCGUGCAAACCGUGCUGUUGCUGUCCUUUGUAACCAUCAACGUGCUGUUCCAAAAGGUCAUUCAAAAUCAAUGGAGGCGUUGAAAGAGAAAAUACAGGCUAAACGUGAUCAAGUUGAUGAAGCAGAGGAAGAUUUGCGUCAAGCAUCAAAAGCAGCCAAACGAGGUUCUGUGAAAGAAAAGCUUGCUUGUGAUAAGAAGAAGAAAGCACUAGAACGACUCAGAGAUCAGUUAAAGAAAUUGGAACUGCAAGAGACAGAUCGUGAUGAAAAUAAAACGAUUGCCCUGGGCACUUCCAAACUGAAUUACCUCGACCCACGUAUCUCAGUAGCUUGGUGCAAGAAAAAUGGUGUACCAAUUGAAAAAAUUUUCAACAAAACUCAACGCGAUAAAUUCCGUUGGGCGAUCGACAUGGCCGGUCCGGAAUAUAUCUUCUAAGGUCAAUAUUAUUAGCAUUAGCUAUAACUAUAUUUUUAAUUUUCAUAAAAUCUGAAAACGUUCCACUUUCAUGUUGUUUACAUGGAAUUUAUUUUAUGAAUUUUAUUCCUGACAUAAAAUUCUUAAUCAGUGAAGUAGUAUUGAUAUGUCAAACAUUUGGACCCCAAUGGAUAGCGUUCCUCCCAAAAUUAGGAUCCAAAUUAGAAGUCUGAUUCUAAUUUAUUUUUAUUUAGUUACAAUGUUCUCUUUAGCUUAAUUAGUUGUAGGCUAAGACUAGUGUUAAAAGGGAGUUUAAGAGUUUCUUGUAUAGAUUUGCGAACUUUUCUAUGAUUAGUACUUUUUUUAUUCCCAAUACUUGAUUACAGCCUCUAAAAACAAUCUUAGUCUUAUAUGGACGUGUAUGAAGAGGCAGUGAUAUGAUUUUAUUAUUUUACAUUUCUAAAUAGUGACUUAUUUAUGGUUUUCGUCACCUAUUCACAUGAGGUGUAUGCAAUCGAAAGUUCAAGCGAGUUGUAUAUAAUAGAGGCUCUUUUGCUUACAAAUAGCAAACCGCCACCUAUUCAACUUUGAAUCUAUGAUCACUAGUUUAUUUUUAAAUACUAAGGAAGUAUUAAUGAUACUUUAAAAGAACCCGAAAGCAUACAGCCGCAUCAGAUGUAAUGUAAAUUGUGCACAAUGUGCAGUAGCAAAUGUUGUAAAGUAAGAAAUAAUGUUAUUUUAUUUUUAUAAAAUUAUAGGAUCGGAAAUCGUGGCUAGCGCAGUUCAUGUUACGAAAGGUACAAUGUUUUAGGUAAAUUUGUAAUAUUACAUACAGUUAUGUGUGCGUCUUGUAUAUAGUAAAUUUUUACCAUGUCAUACAAUUGUGAAAUGAGAUUAUCCCAAAUAAAUAAAACAUUGACACUAGUAA